AUGGCGACGGCUGGCUCGCUGAGCCGGCUCUUGCCAAACGUCGGAGGGCCUGACACGGUGGUGCGUCGCCUCUACGUGGGGGUGGUGCGGUCUAUUGCACUAUACGGGGCCCCCGUGUGGUGCCCCGCCUUGACUCGCAGAAACGUCGUGGCGCUGCGACGUCCGCAGCGUGCAAUCGCGGUCAUGGCGAUUCGUGGAUACCGCACCGUCUCCUGCGAGGUGGCGUGCGUUCUCGCCGGGACGCCUCUCUGGGACCUGGAGGCGGAGGCACUCGCCGCCGAUUAUGCGUGGCGAUGUAACCUUCGCGACAGGGGGGAACCACGUUCCGGAGAAAGAGCACUUAGAGCGCGGAGGCUCCAAUCUCGGAGGUCCGUAUUGGAGGCGUGGUCUCGCCGCUUGGUGAACCCGUCGGCCGGUCUCCGGACCGCCGAGGCGAUGCGCCCGGUCCUCGCGGAAUGGGCGAACCGUAACCAAGGGCAUCUCACCUUCCGGCAAUUCUGA